UUCGCGACGAGAUCCCACUAAGAUGGCGCACUUGACGCCGCCGGUUAUCACGCCGGCGCUCGCCCGCACGGCCGCGCCCUCCUUCCGCCUCCGCUCCACCAGCCUAAACUCCGUUCGCCUCCGCCGCGUCUUCGAUCUCUUCGAUCGCAACGGUGACGGCGAGAUCACCGUCCCGGAGCUCCACCUCGCGCUAGACCGCCUCGGCCUGGGCGCCGACCUCGACGAGCUUGCUGGCGCCGUCGCCGCAUACGUCCGGCCCGGCCGCGCCGGCCUCGGCUUCGACGACUUCGAGGCCUUCCACUGCGCCCUCGGGAUCGCCCUGUUUGGCGACGGCUCCGCCGUGGAGCCGAAGGCCGAGGAAGAGGAGGAGGAGAUGAGGGAGGCGUUCCGGGUGUUCGACGAGAACGGCGACGGGUACAUAUCGGCGGCGGAGCUGCAGGCGGUGCUCGACAAGCUGGGGCUGCUCGACGGGAGGAGCAUCGACGGGGUCCGCCGCAUGAUCUCCGCCGUCGAUCGGGAUCGCGAUGGACGGGUGGAUUUCUUCGAGUUCAAGAACAUGAUGCGCACCAUCGAGUUGGCCGCGUCUUGAUCCAACAGUCCGUGUUUCCCGCCUUCAAUUUUCUUCAUAUUUCCCCCCGCACCCUUUUUUUUCCUCCUAUAUUUUCGUAAUUAAAUAUCCAUUUCCGGAUCGAGCUCGA